AUGUAUUUCUGUGACAUUUCAGAGGCUGAAGAUGCGAUGAUGGGUCGUCAUAAACUCUUGACAGUCUCGUGGAGGCAGUACACUGCUCCCAAAGAACGUCAUCUUGAAGCUGACGAAACGGACGCUGAACUGCGCAUGUCUCCUGGGUGGAAAUUUGUUGACGAAAUCAAACAAGUAUUUGAAAAGAUUCGUGCGAUUGAGAACGAUCUUGGGGCACCAGAACUUCACGGAGGAGACUAUGAAGAUUUCUCGAAACAGGAAGAUAAGAUCAAGGUGAGAUCCCACGUUUGAGAUAUCUUUUCAGGUAAUUCAGACACAAACCACGACAGCUUAUUGUAGAAUACUACCUACACUGGACCACCACGUUUGAGAUAUCUUUUUCAGGUAGUUCAGACACAAAUCACGACAGCUUAUUGUAGAAUACUACCAACACUGGACCACCACGUUUGAGAUAUCUUUUUCAGGUAGUUCAGGCACAAAUCACGACAGCUUAUUGUAGAAUACUACCUACACUGGACCACCACGUUUGAGAUAUCUUCUUCAGAUAGUUCAGACACAAACCACGGCAGCUUAUUGUAGAAUACUACCUACACUGAACCACCACGUUUGAGAUAUCUUUUUCAGGUAGUUCAGACACAAACCACGGCAGCUUAUUGUAGAAUACUACCUACACUGGACCACCACGUUUGAGAUAUCUUUUUCAGGUACAGUAGUUCAGACACAAACCACAGCAGCUUAUUGUAGAAUACUACCUACACUGGACCAUCACGUUUGAGAUAUCUUUUUCAGGUACUUCAGACACAAACCACGACAGCUUAUUGUAGAAUACUACCUACACUGGACCACCACGUUUGAGAUAUCUUUUUCAGGUAGUUCAGACACAAACCACGACAGCUUAUUGUAGAAUACUACCUACACUGGACCACCACGUUUGAGAUAUCUUUUUCAGGUAGUUCAGACACAAACCACGACAGCUUAUUACAGAAUGCUACCUGCACCGGACCCACGAAGUUAAUUAAAGAUAAUUUUUUCUAUUCGCAGAAAAUUGGCGAGGCUAUCGAUCACCUUCGCCCAGAAGUGGACUCCGUGUUUGAUCGCAGUGAAAGCGCUGUACAAGACUGUUCGGGCAAGGAAGCCGAAGCUAUUGAACAAGCUCUUGAUAAGGUAAUAGAAGCUUAGUUUAGAAUUGUAAGUUUGAUAUCGUCUGCACACAACGAGUUGAUGACAACAAGCACGUAGCAACUUGUUACGAACAGCCUAUAUUAGUCUUGUUGGAACAACUUAUAGCAAGUCUGUUGCCGUCAUCAACCUUGUAACAAGGUGAUAACAACUUGUUCCAGACUUGUCACAACAACUGGGAACAAGCAGUGCGAACACAUCCUGAUAUGGGCUUCACAAUAACCUUGUUACAACAUUUAAGAAAUCCUUGAGGGUAACUGCAUGCAUAACACAGGUUAGUCUGUUUCUUAAUCUUGUGUUUAUCUCAGGUUCAAUCUCGCUGGAGUAAGUUGAACAGAGAAUACAAAUCAAGAAAAGGUCGCUGGGAGAAUGCCGUGGCUGUCUGGCAACGUUUCCAUAAAGAUAUCAAAGAUCUUACAUUGUGGAUUAAUAAUGCCGAGAAAGUUAUCAGAGAGACGAAACUGCCCACAGGUGAUCUGGAUAUUGAUAAAGCUAAACAGGAACAAGGGGUAAGUAUUCAAUUUAUGAACUCUAUUGUCAAAAUAGAAUUUUUAGAUUUUUUUCCAGGGACUUGUUUCUCUUCUUAGAGCAAGGAGUAGUGAUUAAGUUUAUAAAUUAUAAUGGUUAAUUAGAAUGUUAGGGUUUGUAAUCCAAGUGAGAAUAUAUACAUUUUAAGACCUAACCAGGAACGACUGCGAAAAAUGCAGCACAAGGUCCUCUGGUAGGAAUUGAACCUACGGCCCUGCGAUUCCGGUGCAGCGCUCUAACCAACUGAGCUACAGAGGCCAGCUGUUAAGCUGUAACCAUAAGUUCAUGUAUAUAUAGGUAAUCGGGUGUGCGGGUUGUGAUAAGGUGGACUUCAAUGAUUUUGGAUUCUUGCACUUCACUUGGUGGAAUUAAUAUUAGAAUGUUAGGGUUUGUAAUCCAAGUGAAGUCCACCUUAUCACAACCCGCACACCCGAUUACCUAUAUAUACAUGCACUUAUGGUUACAGCUCAACAGCUGGCCUCUGUAGCUCAGUUGGUUAGAGCGCUGCACCGGAAUCGCAGGGCCGUAGGUUCAAUUCCUACCAGAGGACCUUGUGCUGCAUUUUUGGCAGUCGUUCCUGGUCAGGUCUUAAAAUGUAUAUAUUCUCACUUGGAUUACAAACCCUAACAUUCUAAUAUUAAUUCCACCAAGUGAAGUGCAAGAAUCCAAAAUAAUGGUUAAUUACCUUGUGGAAUUCGAUCUAAUCUCAAAAGGGGUCAUCAAACUAACAUAAGUCAUAACUGAUUCAUCAUUUCAAUGGUCCGGGACCAGACUUUAUUUUAAUUAAAAGGAGAUUUUUUUGUAUGUUACGUAACACGCGCUCAACUAAUGAGUAUAAUCUACCACUUGCGUUUCUCAAUCGGCAAACAAACUUUAAAAGUAUGUUUAGUGCUUUAUCUGUAAAAUUAUGCUAAAAUGAAGAGAUUUUAGAUGGUACGCCAAAGACAAAAUGAUGUCUGAAGUUCAGUAAGUUUUACUUUAUAUAUUGUCGCUGUAAAUUUGGCGUCUUUUGACUUUUAAACCGUAAUUGGUAGUUGUAUUUUAAUUGACAUUUUUUACUGUUAUUUUAAGUUUUUCACUAUAUACUAGAGAAUGAAGCUAGACAAAAGAAUUUUGAGUGGUAUACGCCAAAAUGAUUUUCGGUUUUGAACGCUGAAAAAAUUCACAGCCGUAACAUUGGUUCUACUACUAUCUUAAUAGAUGCAUAAUGCAGUCACUUGUCGAAGUUGAUUGUGCAUUUAUGCUAUCUUAUUACCAGAAAACAAAUUGAAUCAUAUUUCCUAUACAGGCCGAAUGUCUCCUGCAUCGAAUUAGGGUUUGUAACGUUACUCCCGGCAGGAUAUGGAGUCGGCAUUGAUUACAUACCAGCGGAACAUGCCACGCGCGUCAAUGCAUGUUAUAUGACACCGCAACCGAUUUUCGUCUCGCCAACAUUAAAAUUUUCUCUUGCGCUAUCAAAUUGCAUACAACGUUUUUAAAAAAGUCCCAUAUAUAUAUAUAUUUCAUCGUUUUAAUAUACUGCAGUGGACACGCGCAUAUCAUUCACAAGGUAAGAGUGUUGAGGUUUCUAUAACUUGUUGAAUGAAAUAUAAUAUUUAUGAUGAUAUGUAUUGCUUAAGCGAAUUUGUGAUAUACUCACCGGAUUAAUACAGGAUCAAAAAAUAUAGCAAAUGUAAAGAAAAUAUUACAACAAUUCGGACAUUGUAAGCGAAGGCCUUUCAAUGACUUUCGCUCGAAACGUUAAAUUCAAGUUAUAUUUUUGACGCAGUUUCAUCCUGUAUAAUCUUGAUCACUCAAGUAGAUUUUAUUCAACACUGGAAUCCAACAUUUCAGCAAAUCUGUGGUUUGGUAAUUUAUAAAUAUUUAACGACUAUUCUAGUGUUUAUAUUAUAUCGUUUGUUUUCCAUUCUUUAUAUAAAUUAAUCGAAUUAUAUCUUCUUAAACGUACUAUGAAUAAUUCAUGAGCAUUCACGUCAAAGGAAAUCAUCAAUCUUGUUGUCUUGAUAUCAGGAUAAUAAAGAGCUUAUAUAUUUAGUCAAUUUUUGUGUCGUUUUAAUACUGGUUCGUUUGACGACUUAUACAGUCUUUACUCUUUCUAUUCCGAGGGCUGUCUUCUUGCGAAGUAAAAUUUUGUCAGACAGGGUAAAGUGAUAAAGUUUAUACAAUAUCACCCUUUAGAGUUUCGUGGAUAACAGGAAAUAACUCUAGGAACAUGAAAUUGACGAAGAAACCUAAGCUAAACUAAAACUUUAUUUAUACUGGAUAGCUGUAUCAGUUCUAAACUGUUCUUCCUAGAGGUCCAGUAAGGAUCAUCUCUUAUUGAUCCAGUAUUACUACAGGAGGAAACCUAAACUAAACUAACUUUAUUUAUACUGGAUAGCUCUAUCAGUUCUAAACUGUUCUCCCUAGAGGUCCAAUAAGGAUUAUCUCUUAUUGAUCCAGUGUUACUACUGGAGGAAACCUAAACUAAACUAACUUUAUUUAUACUAGAUAGCUCUAUCAGUUCUAAACUGUUCUCCCUAGAAGUCCAGUAAAAAUCAUCUCUUAUUGAUCCAGUGUUACUACAGAAGGAAACCUAAACUAAAAUAACUUCAUUUAUACUGGAUAGUUCUAUCAGUUUUAAACUGUUCUCCCUAGAGGUCCAGUAAGGAUCAUCUCUUAUUGAUUCAGUGUUACUACAGGAGGGAACCUAAACCAAACUAACUUUAUUUGAAUCAGUAAAAGCGAUAAAUUGUGAUGGUAAAUUGUUGUAUAGUAAAGCUCAUUCUUAUCAAUUAACAUUGAGGUCAUUUCGAUUCACACCAUUAUGCUCUGAUCAUAUCGUUUUGUAUCAAAUUAACAUUGAGGUCAUUGCGAUUCACGCAAUCAUGUCUCGUUUACAUUUAACUAAUAAAGUGUUACCGCUCUGCUCGCUAUGAUAAUAAUUACGGACUUAUCGCGGGCACUACUGUUAAACCUUGAUGUGAUAAAUAAACAUUUAGUUAAUAUAUCGCUCGAAAUGACGCUAAUCUUUAAGAUCACGCUGGUUCAUGUUGAUUUAAGAAAUUCCAAGUUAACAUCAUACAUUGCAACGCAUCAAUCAAUAUGCAUGCACAUGGCCUAUUUUGUCGGUAUCUCGCUGGAAACAUUUGAACCAUUUUCAUACUUCAUCGUUUCCUAGGUUUUCUGGGAAAAAAUUUCACGCUUACAAUUUGCAAACCUUUUUUUAAUACAUCAUUUCUAUAAAAUUGCCACAAUGUGGAAAUGUUUCAAAUUUGCUUAGUGAAGCAUCAAGAUUGAAAGCCCUUCGAAUUUGUCAUGCAGAGAAUUAACAGAACGAAACAGAAAAUAGGCAAAGCUACUGUACAGAUUAGGUUGUCAGCAGUUUUUGUUCGGAGUUAGAGUUCGGGCUCCCUGUUGGUACAUUUUCCCAUCUUUAACCCUUUGAGUGCCAGUACUCUCCGCUUGAGAAGUAAAAUCACCUGGCGUUAGACAGAAUGAAAUAAUAAAUAGGGUGCAUUAGGGCGCAAUGGAACUUAAUGCCUAAUGGGUUAAACCUUGUUUUGGCUUAAUAUUUUUGCUUAAUUAAGCAUGCUUGUCUCCAUAGGAUGUCCGCUACCAAAGAUAAGCUACAGUAAUUUCGCUUCUCAGUCAAAUUGUUAAGUGUCUGCGAUGUAUACACAAAAACCACACCAGUAUAUACCAAUAUGCAAUGUUUCAUGUAGUUGAUACAUUUUACUGUGCUCAUACCAUUAAGGGACUUUCAUUGCUUUACGAAAUGUACAUUCUCAAAUCUCAAUCUGGUUCUUCCAGCCACACGAGCCGAAAAUCCUCUUAACUUAAGAAUGUAGAAAUCUGAUCACUCUUUGACCUUCGUUUUUUAAAUGAUUUCUUGAAUUACUUUUGUCUACUUCGUACACGGGGCUAUGGUCGCACAGUGCUUAAUAAGAUAGAUCAAUAACAGAUAAUCUUACUGGACUUUUUGGGAGAACAGUUUAGAGCUGAUAGAAAUAUCCAGUGUAAAUGACGUUAGUUUAGGUUUCCUCCUGUAGUAACACUGGAUCAAUAAGAGAUGAUCCUUACUGGACAUCUAGGAAGAACAGUUUAGAACUGUUUAGGUGCAUUCUCACUUUCAUCCUGAACUAAAUUAUGUAUUUUUCCUUCUCCAAGCCGUUAGAACAAGCGAUUGCUGAUCAUCAGAGUACGGUGACUGCUGUGAACACAACAGGGGAUGAGAUAAUCAAACACUCGAGUGUUGUCGAAGCUGAAAUACUCCGAGAUAAACUAGACGCUCUGAACAGACGUUGGAAGAUUAUCUGCAACGAGGUCACUGACAGACGAGAGCGGUAAGAAACCAGAAUAUACAGCUUGUAGAUGUUUGAUACAGUGGAAAUGCCUGGCAGGAAUCCAGCUCUGCUCUUCUAAUCUCGAAAUAAAUAGUGUAGAAACUCCCAUAAACUUGUUGGAGAUGCUGAUUGGGUGAUUUCAUAGCAACAGGCCAUCCCAGAGUAGGUGCAGGGCUUUCAGAGUAGGUGCCUUUGUUGAUAUAAUGGCCAGCUCUGGGGAGGGGGCGGUCUAGGGAGUCUUAAAGUCAUCUAAAUUAACAAGUGUAUAUUCAUUAAAUACCAACACAACUGAGCCCUGUAACUAUAAAUCACUACAUCCAUUCUUUAACGAGAUAACUUCAAGAUUUGAGAUGGCAAGUAACUAAUUGGUUGUCGAAAUGGUCGUGCCUAUUUGUCCAUGGCUCGAAAAUAGCCGUUUUGAAAGCUUCUGCGUUUAAACUCAACGCGUUGUUUGCUUUUUGUUUGUUCAGUUUCCACGAGGAAGAUAUGGAGUAUGAGGAAUUUGCUGACGAAUGUCGAGAUCUCACGCAAUGGAUGAAUGAAGUUGAAGUGACCUUGGCUCAACGCGAUCCUUCACCUGCCGAUCAAGAUGGUCUAAAACAUCAACUAGAGAAAGUCAAGGCAAGUAACCAAUUUUUAUCAAACCGUUGUUGAAUAUUUAACCAUUCAAUUGCAUUGCGCCCCUUUAUUAUUUUACUCUGUCUAACGCCAGUUUUAGUUUGGAUUUCCUUCUCUAAGAAGAACAGUUUAGAACUGGUAGAGCUAUCCAGUAUAAAUAAAGUUAGUUUAGUUUAGGUUUUCUCCUGUAGUAACACUGCAUCAAUAAGAGAUGAUCCUUAUACUGGACCUCUAGGAAGAACAGUAUAGAACUGAUAGAGCUAUCCAGUAUAAAUACAGUGUAAAGUUAGUUUAGUUUAGGUUUCCUCCUGUGGUAACACUGGAUCAAGAAGAGAUGACCGUUACUGGACCUCUAGGAAGAACAGUUUAGAACUGAUAGAGCUAUCCAGUAUAAAUAAAGUUAGUUUAGUUUAGGUUUCCUCCUGUAGUAACACUGGAUCAAUAAGAGAUGAUCCUUACUGAACCUAUAGGGAGAACAGUUUAGAACUGAUACAGCUAUCCAGCAUAAAAUAUAAAUAAAGUUAGUUUAGUUUAGGUUUCCUCCUGUAAUAACACUGGAUCAAUAAGAAAUGAUCCUUACUGGACCUCUAGGAAGAACAGUUUAGAACUGAUAGAGCUAUCCAGUAUAAAUACAAUUAGCUAAAGUGAAAACUGAAAAGCACAUUUACUAACUGUGCUAGCAAGAUCCCUAAUGACCAUCUCACUGUGACCAUCAUUUCAGGAUCUCGAGGAAGAGAUGCUGGGCAAAGAAGAGACAGUGCGUUCGAUACGUAAGACGGGACAACGUCUCCAGACGAAACCCAUUCUAUCCAAACCAUCACAAGAAGAUGUCAAACGGCGUAUGGAAGCCGUCGAGUCACACUGGCAACGCAUCAAACUGGCUGUUCCAAGACGACGAAAGAAUAUUGAUGAUAAACUGAGCGAUCUAAAGAAAUUCACAGAGAAUCUUGAGGAACUUUACAUCUGGACGUCAACCACGAAAGAUCUUCUCGACACUCAGGCUAGCCUUGGCAAGAUACAUGAUGAUCAUAGGAAUGUUGAAGUGAGUUCUGAAUAAAAAUUGUCUGAUAGAAGUACACUGUACACUAUGUCGAACGCGGGCUUGCCUCUUUCAUGACAAGAACAAUAACAACAACAACAACAACAACAACAACAACAACAACAACAACAACAACAACAACAACAACAACAACAACAACAACAACAACAACAACAACAACAACAACAACAACAACAACAACAACAACAACAACAACAACAACAACAAGUUUGCUUGCUAUAUUUAACCUCUACUUAUUUUAUUCAGGAAAUCAAACGAAACCUUGCCAACAGACGAUCAGUCUACGACCAAGUGAACAACACGUAUGAGAAAUACCAAGAAGAGAGCAUCUUGUCAACCAGCGCUAUUCCUAGCUCCACACACGAGAAAUGGAGAAAAAUGAACGCGGAGUGGGGAACAAUAUCUCGCUAUGUUGAUCAACCAAGAAUGAUCAUUGAACAACCAAUAUCUAUCACUGGAACUCAAAUGGUCUGCUCUACACCUGAUAUACUUGUAACACACGCUGAUGACGGUACGCUGAGAUUUGAUUUGCUUUUCUGUACUAACUUGUAUAUCUAGUAUAAAUGUAUAAAAUUCAUACUCAAUAUUUCCAUCUCCAAAAUCCUUCAACGUGAAUGAAAUUGAGCCGUUCGUAAUGAUAUAUAUAUAUUGGUUGAUAUACUGUAUUUUAUUACAAGAUUUAUUCAAUGAAAAGGACAAUAACAUAGUAGAUAAAAACUAAUAAAAUUAUGACUAGAUUAAGAAGAAGAAAGACAAUAAAAUAUACAGUAUUAAAACUUGUUCCGAGAGUCUUUGUCCAACGUAAGAAAUGCCGUCUUUAGCCUCGUAAACAUAGUAGAGCAGCCUUAAUUAAGCUGAAAGAGAGUUUUGUCCUUAUCCAAGACAUAACAAUGGAAUAUGGUUUUAUCUUCUUUGAGUGAGAUUUUCUGAGCUAGUAACUUGUGAUAUGUUGCGCAUUCCCCCUAUACCCAUUGCACUAAUAUAUUGUAUUACUUGAUGUAUACUGUAUUCACGUUUUCUCUUGUUUUGUGUAUUACAGAAGAGAAGACGACACCGUGGCCGAAGUUCGACAAAGCAGUCUCUGAAUUGCAUGACUGGUUGUCUCUCGUUGAAGACGUUAUCAAGAAUCAAAGAAUUAUGCUUGGUAAUGUUGACGAGAUGCAGAGACUCACUAACAAACAGAAACAGGUGAGUAUUUUAACUAUGUAAUUUGAAGAAAUCUUUUGUCGGAUCGAUCUUAUAAAUUGUGCUUCUUUUAAAGUGCCACUAACCCCAAAUAUGACUUUUCGUAUGUGUAAUAUUUGCGUCAUUCUGAGAAGAAAUGUAGUAUAUCUUUAUGGUAAAAAAACUUCAUCUUGAUCAACUUUUUCACUGUCGAAGUUUCCAGACAUGAUUUCAUUAAAUGAAUUGCAAAUUAGUUCACCUUUGUUUUUGCUGCUAAAAUUCAUAAUACCCGCUAAUUUGGACUGAAUGAGUUGAUCAAGAGGAGGUAAAAGUCAGAUUAAACAAAUGGCACCGCCCGUUGUAUAAAUUAUUGCUUGUCUUUCAGUCUGUGGAAGAUGAACUACGCGGAAAACAGUACCUACUCAAUGAUAUCUCUGAAAUGAGCUUCAAAUUGGAGGAGGAGACUGAGAACGAGUCUCAUAAGAACAUAUUACGUCAUCAAAUCCAGUCGCUCAAGGAGCAUUGGCAUAAUGUCCAACAGCAAUCAAAUGAUUGGCUCACAAGAAUCAACCUCAUGUGGGAUCUCUCGAGACAAUAUGAACAGAUUAAGAAAGAGUUAGAAACAUGGCUUGCCAAGGCUGAGGAGAGAUUGAAUAAAGCUGAGCGAGGGACUGGGAAUACUGUCGCUGAACUUGAACACCUUCUACAGGAGCAUAAGGUAGGCUACGCUGAUCUCUAAAAUAGUUCUGGACUAGCAAAAGUCACUGAUCUCUAGAAUAAGCACUGGAUCAACACAACUCACUGAUGUAGUUUUUUGCUGUAAAGUUAGUUUAGUUCAGGUUUCCUCCUGUAGUAACACCGGAUCAAUAAGAGAUUAUCCUUACUGGAACUGAUAGGGAGAACAGUUUAGAACGGAUAGAGCUAUCCUGUAUAAAUAAAGUUAGUUUAGUUUACUGUAGGUUUCCUCCUGUAGUAACACUGGAUCAAUAAGAGAUGAUCCUUACUGGACCUCUAGGAAGAACAGUUUAGAACUGUUAGAGCUAUCCAGUAUAAAUAAAGUUAGUUUAGUUUGGGUUUCCUCCUGUAGUAACGCUGGAUCAAUAAGAGAUGAUCCUUACUGGACCUCUAGGAGGAACGUACUGUAUACUGUAUUGUAUAAAAUGAAGCCAAGGCCCAUCCAUUGUUAGAAAGCUUGCUCCUUUUAUAGAGAAUGGUAUAUUAAUGCUAUUAUUUUAAUAUUCAGAGUUUCCGUGAAGAAGUGGAAAGCUGGCGAGCUCGUGUUGACAGAAUGAAUGAUCUUGGUGAAGAAUUGAUCCGAGAGUUUCCCGAACACAACCCGAGUGACAUCAGACUCACGUCACAUCGUGAUACACAACGAUACAAUAAACUUGUCUCUCGGUACGUAGCAUCAGUUUUAUAUUUUUGAAAUAUUUAAAACUUCUACAAUAUAGAAACCCUUAGAGUUUGAAAGAUAAACAUAUACGGUACAGUUGCUACAGGCCAUUCGACAUACAGUAUACACUGGAAACGCCAGAACUACCUUUACAAAUAGCAGAACUCCCUUUUCAAAUAGCAGAACUCCCUUUUCAAAUAGCAAAACUCCCUUUUCAAAUAGCAGAACUCUCUUUUCAAAUAGCAGAACUCCCUUUUCAAAUGCCAAAACUCCCUUUUCAAAUGGCAAAACUUGGUUUUCAAAUGCCAGAACUUGGUUUUCAAAUGCCAGAAUUCCGUUUUCAAGUUAUGCACAUGUUCUGUGGGCUUUACCUAGCUUAACACAAAAUAUCCGAGAAAAAAAUAAAACAUGCUUGAGCAAGCUUCGUGUUGAUUUUCAUUUCUAUUUCCUCCCAUUUCUUUCAAGGAUAUCGCAAAGUAUUCCCCUGACAUAACCCCAAUAAUGCUGAAUAAUCAGUAACGCUUUCUUAUACAUAUAUUUUCUUUCCCAGUUGUGAUGCAAGAAAAGACAAGCUCCAAGAACAGUUGACACGUCUGGUGCAAUUCCACGAGAACAUAAUCUCAGCGCUCACCUGGCUUACCUCAGCAGAGUCAAAGAUUGCCGAGUUAGAUAGCGCUGUUGACGCUGCUGAAGAACACCCAGAUCUUACCUCGUUGAAAGAAGAAUUGAAGGUCAGUAGGUUUAAGUGAGCAUUUCACAGCAGAAGAUGGUGGUCAAUCAGGUGUCCCAGAUUGGCUAAAAAUGCAACAUUUGUUACAUCAUUCUGUAGUCUAUACAUUUAUACAUUAUCGCACUAUUAAGAUGGAUGCACUUAUAAUUGCAUUUUUGAGCUCAUACCUACAGUACAGGUAACACUCUGUCUAUUGGUCAGAAUUUCCAUUUUUAUCUAAAUUCUAAAUUAUCUUUUUUUUCUUUUUGGGGAAAUAUUUUCUCGGACCCAUGCUCCGAUACUUUUCCACCCUUUACUGUAUCCCUCGAUUCAAAUUAUGAAAAUGAAAGUUUAUGAAAAUGUACAAGACUACAGUAUUACAUAUAUUUCCCUCCAGGCUCUGGAAAGCGACAUCAACGCCCACCAAGACACAUUCGCUUCCUUGAACGAAACAGGUCAAGUCGUGAUGGCAGAUCUCGCACCCAGCGAAGUUCUUACUGCACUUCAAUCGAAACUGGACGACAUGAACGAUCGUUGGAACAGUCUGAACGCACGGUCUGUCGAUGUUGGCGAUAAGCUUGAUGGUGGAGCUACGGAAUGGCGACAACUCUUCUCGGACUUACAAGAGAUUGUUGAUUGGAUAGAGAGAGCGAUACAGCAGCUUGAAGCUCAGAAACCUGUAGGCAGUGAUCUUGAAACUGUCACUCUGCAGAAUGAUACACACCAGGUGAGAACAUUUUCACAUUCGAACAUGACUCUUACUGGAACUCUAGGAAGAACAGUUUAGAACUGACAGAGCUAUCCAGUAUAAAUAAAGUUAGUUUAGUUUAGGUUUCCUCCUGUAGUAACACUGGAUCAAUAAGAGGUGUGAUCCUUACUGGACCUCUAGGCAGAACAGUUUAGAACUGAUAAAGCUAUACAGUAUAAAUAAUGUUAGUUUAGUUUAGGUUUCCUCCUGUAGUAACACUGGAUCAAUAAGAGAUGAUCCUUACUGGACCUCUAGGAAGAACAGUUUAGAACUGAUAGAGCUAUCCAGUAUAAAUAAAGUUAGUUUAGUUUAAGUUUCCUCCUGUAGUAACACUGGAUCAAUAAGAGAUGAUCCUUACUGGAUCUCUAGGAAGAACAGUUUAGAACUGAUAGAGCUAUCCAGUAUAAAUAAAAUCAGUUUAGUUUAAGUUUCCUCCUGUAGUAACAUUGGAUCAAUAAGAGAUGAUCCUUACUGGACCUCUAGGGAGAACAGUUUAGAACUGAUAGAGCUAUCCAAUAUAAAUAAAGUUAGUUUAGUUUAAGUUUCCUCCUGUAGUAACACUGGAUCAAUAAGAGAUGAUCCUUACUGGAGCUCUAGGAAGAACAAUUUAGAACUGAUAGAGCUAUCCAGUAUAAAUAAAGUUAGUUUAGUUUAAGUUUCCUCCUGUAGUAACACUGGAUCAAUAAGAGAUGAUACUUACUGGACCUCUAGGGAGAACAUUUAGAACUGAUAAAGCUUCCCAGUUUAAAUAAAGUUAGUUUAGUUUAGGUUUCCUCCUGUAUUAACACUGGAUCAAUAAGGGAUGAUCCUUACUGAACCUAUAGAGAACAGUUUUUGAAACUGAAGCUAUCCCGCAUAGAACUAUCUAUAGUUUAGGUUUCCUCCUGUAGUGACACUGGACUAACGUUUACAUUUAUUUCCUCAGACAUUCAAAAACAAGAUGAACAUGCAACGUUUGGUUAUCGACCGUGCCUUGGAGUCAGGGAAACGUCAUUUAGAGAAUCACGACAGCUUGCACCCUGCGUCACCAUCGCGGGCUCAUCUUGCUGAUAAUCUCCGCGGUCAACUGAGUAUAAUCAAAGACCGCUGGCCAACACUUGUCAAAAAUAGUGACGCUUGGCAGAAAACACUGGACGAAGCUUUAAGAGUAUGUUGCUUUGAAUGUCUUAGGAGUGUCAGUGUUCCAAUGUGUUCCAAUUCUGUGGUGUUUUAUUGGGAAGGGCCGAGGGCGGGGGUGGGGAGGGGGGCACUUGUUUUUGUCCCAAAUUGAUUGUAACACUCGCCCUAACUGAAUACUGUUUUCAACUUGACAGUUACUUAACUUGCUUGAGAAGAAUGUGCAUGAUCUUGAUGUGAAACUUCAGGAAGCUGAGAACUACAGCAAUAAGUGGAAACCAGUCACUAUUGAUAUAGCGCAAGAUCAGUCCGAAAAUAUGAAGGUAUGAGAGAUUAGAGUAUACCGCGGAUAGCUCUAACAGUUCUAAACUGUUCUUCUUAGAGGUCCAGUAAGGAUCAUCUCUUAUUGAUCCAAUUAACAAUUCACGUGUGUUCUCUAGCAUUUCCACAGCAUGACUUCUCCUAUGCAAGGAAUGUUUGAUGAUGUUGAUGGUGUAGAGAACAACUUACGACGAUAUAACGUCAUCCUGCCCUCUCCCUUGCAAAACCGUAUCGAUGAUCUGCACAGACGAUGGAAGGAACUGCAACUGAAGAUGUUGAAUAGAGAGAAUGUCAUCCAGGAGAAUAUCACCGAAUAUGACAUGAAUAUCACUCAGGAACCUUUGCAAGGUAAGGUAUAGUACGUCCAAGGCAGACUGUGGCACGAUUUCGUGCAUGCAUCAUUGCCUGUAUAUACAGGGUGUAUCAAAAAAAAGGUAAUCGAACUUCAGCGCGCUGUUGUAUCUGAAUUACUCUGCGUAUGAACGAUAUUUUUCACAUUUGGAAAGGUCAUGCUUUUAGCUGUUGAAUGAUAUCUUCUUCAUGCCAAAUGGAUAAAAAAUGAGCAAAUACGAAUCCGACAAAAAAUGUUAGUCAGAAUCGCAUAUUUUCACCGUUGAGAGUUGGGUCUAAAACCAUUGAAAAUGAACCCCCUUUAGGACUUAAGUUGAUGAGUUUCACUUCAUUAAACUGCACACAUAUUCAUAAUAAUUAUUAAGUCGGAAUAAAUCUACGACACGUUCGUGAUUAAUUGCUUUUUCUUUUGUUAUGCAUUGUUUUAAUUAGGCACAGAGGUGAAAAUAUGCGAUUUUGACUAACAUUUUUAAUCGGCCUCGUACCUGCUUAUUUUUUCUCCACUUGUCAUGAAAAGCAUGUCACUCAAUAGCUAAAAUCCCGAUUUUUCCGAAUAUGAAAACCAGUUGUUCAUACGCCAAGUAAUUCACGUAUAAUAGCGCGCUGAAGUUCGAUUACCUUUUUUUUUAUACACCCUGUACAUCGCUCCAUUUUAGCUUUCUCAGAAAAUACUUACAGUACUGUAUACACAAACUUUUUAAUUCUUGACGUCUUGUUUUACAGCAAGCGUAGUACGACCUUGGGAAAGAGCAAUAUCUGCUAACAAAGUUCCAUACUACAUCAAGUAAGUUGAUAAACAGUAUACUCUAGUGCUUCCCUGUUUUCUUGACAAGCAAAUGAUUCACAGCGAACAACAUUAAGAUUGAAAAGCUUCAAACUAUUGCGUUGUCAUAUGAAAAUAUUAUUUUACUUUAUAUACUAUACAACAUCCAGAAUAGAACUAGAUUGUUGCAUAUUUGUUACUCGUUGUCCCCAAAUGGAAGGGUGUGGCAUUUCAACUCAUAAUCUUUCAUGAAUGACAUAUAAGUUGUUACAUAUUUAUUGGUUUCAAAAUAUUUGAUUUUCUUACUUCUCAUAUGGAAUAGCCCUGAAACUAAGCAGAACUUGCUUACUCAUUGAAGUUUGUUUUUUCAGCCACAAGACGGAGACGACCCAAUGGGACCAUCCCAAGAUGACUGACCUAUACCAUCAGCUGAGUAAGCUUACAAAUGAACAUUCUCUAUUAUAUUUGUGUAUUGUAGUACCAUUUAAUUGGAUUGUCAGUUGAUUUCUAUUUUAAAUGUUUACGUUUUAGCGGAGUUAAAUGAUGUGAAAUGGAGUGCGUAUAGAACUGCCAUGAAAUUAAGAUGUAUUCAGAAGGCUGCUGGAUGUAAGUUAAUAAAGUAGAAAAUUUUUAUAACCCUUUAUACUGGAUAGCUCUAUCAGUUCUAAACUGUUCUCCCUAAAGGUCCAGUAAGGAUCAUCUCUUAUUGAUCCAGUGUUCUACAGGAGGAAGCCUAAACUAAACUAACCUUAUUUAUGCUGGAUAGCUCUAUCAGUUCUAAACUAUUCUUCCUAGAGGUCCAGUAAGGAUCAUCUCUUUGAUCCAGUGUUACUGCAGGAAGAAACCUAAACUAAACUAACUUUAUUUAUACUGGAUAGCUCUGUCAGUUCUAAACUGUUCUUCCUAGAGGUCCAGUAAGGAUCAUCUCUUUUUGAUCCAGUGUUACUACAGGAGGAAACCUAAACUACAAAACUAAGCACUGUGAGAUCACCACACUCAAAAUCUCAUCUAUGUUAUUUUCCAGUGGACAUGGUUGAAAAGAAUGCCGUAGUCGAAGCCUUAGAACGUCACAACAUGCAUGGCUCUCACGAGGACGUCAUUGGUGUAUCUGAAAUGGUUAAAGUUCUCACUUUCAUCUUUGAUAAACUGGACGAGAAGGAGAAAGAAGGCAUCGAUGUUCCGUUAUCCAUUGAUUUCAGUCUUAACUGGUUGUUGAAUGUUUAUGACAGGUACAUAUGAACUGAGGUUAUUUCUAUACUACUCUAGCUGUCCACUUUUGUGUUGCAAUACUGGUAGGCAUGAAGGUAAACCAAGCCCAAUUAACCUGUUAAGUGCAGUGUUACAGUAUUAUACUGUAGAAGGAAACCUGAGUUUGGUAGUGUCGAACUGGAGGCAUUGAGAUGAAAUUAUAAUGAGACAACUUCAUGUUGCAAGAAUCAAACCUCAGUCACAGUGAAACUAUGGUUCAUAAAAAUAUUUUCUUAACUAUGCACGCGUAGAUUUUUAGGUUUGCUGUUUCCAAGAAAUAUUUGACCAAAAUUUUUGUAUUUCUAGUGGCCGUAUUGGAAAAGUCCGUGAAUUGUCUUUCAAGAUCGGUUUGAUCAGCAUGUCCCAAGGACCAUUGGACGAGAAAUAUAGAUGUAAGUGUCCAGUAUAUCUCUACAAUAUAACACGCCCAACAAUACAAUAUCCAACGGUCAGUGUUGGUAGAGUUGUACUGUAUUUUUCAGGUACUGUAGAUCUAUGCUUCGCAAUCCACAGUUAUACUGUAACAAUAUAAUAGCAUGAAGUUUAUCUUGUUUCAAUAAAAAAAAAGUAUAAACACGCUGGACGUUUCUAAAAUAAAGAAAAUUGCCCUGAGUUAGCUAAGCAUUGAAUAUACAUAGCUGUAUCAAACUGCGAUCGAAAAUAUUUUUGGCAAUAGCCUUGCAAGUUUCUUUAAGAUGUUUUGAAAUCGUUCUGAAUUGUCUGGUAGGAUUUUAUAGUGAAGAAAAAUGUCAUGACAGAAAUUUAUAUAUUUUCAUUUAUUCUCAUAUAAACUGCGUAUACAGGCAACUUAUUAUCUUGUACUCUAUUUUCAGAUCUAUUCUCUCUCGUGGCCGACCAAACUAACCAUGUCUCUCCAAAGAAACUGGGUCUUUUGUUACAUGAUCAGCUCCAAGUAUGUUUAUGUCUGCCGUUUCCUUUAUGCAGUCUACUGAAUUUAAUUGCGCAAGAGAUGUUAUGCAGGCUAAAGUUUUGUCUUUAUGUUUUGAAUGUAUGUUUUAAAAUUUCUCACGGUAUAGAUUCCAAAACAACUCGGCGAGGCUGCAGCGUUUGGUGGCAGUAAUAUUGAACCUAGUGUGAGGAGCUGCUUUGAGCGGGUAUGUUAACUAUUUUGUAAACUAAACUAUACUAACUUUAGUCUGCAUGCUCUGUCUAAAUCAUAGUCUUUGCGUAAAGGCUGUUCAUUGCUUGUCAAGUGUAACUACAGAAGGAAAACUAAACCAGCAUUAUUGAUGCUGCUGUAGCUCUAUCAUUUCUUGCGGUGUUUGACCACAGUUAAUAGAAUACGUGGUUUGGAGACUCGAUGAAAGUACAAUAUAACUCAUUAACUAUGUUGGUUUCGGUUUAUGCAAGAAUUUGGGCCUAUCUCGUCACGUGUGUAUUGUAUUUUUUCCCGCACAACCAAUAGCAAUGUUUAAAUUGAGCGUUUGUUCAAGCUACGGAUGGAUAACUCAACCACAAACUUGUUAUAGGUUAUUUGAGCGAAAAUACAAUAUACACGUGACGAGAUAGGACCAAAUUCUUGCAUAAAGCUGGACAAUAACAUACUGUAGUUAAUGAGUUGUAUUGUACUUUAUACGAGUCUCCAAACCAUCUAUUAAAAUAACUGUGGUUUGACUGAAAGCAAACUGGAAGCACUCUUCUCACAAGUGACUGAGGUGAAAUUAUAAUGAGACAGCUGCGCAUUGCAGAAAUCAAACCUCAGUCACAGAGAUGAAAAACACAUUCACUACAUAACCACUAUGUUUCCAGCAGCCCUUGCUAAAGAAGUGAUUAAGGUUAUAAAAGGAUUAAGGAUUUACUAAACCGUAUCUUCUUAGGCAAAGAAACCAGACUCGAUCGCUGCACAACAGUUCAUGGAUUGGCUUGAGAAGGAACCACAAAGUGUGAUAUGGAUCCCCACCUUGCAUCGUCUCGCCAGUUCUGAGAGCGUGAAACAUGAAUCAAAAUGUCAAAUCUGUAAAGAAUAUCCUAUCGUUGGUCUUCGCUUCAGAUGUUUGAAAUGUUUCAAUUAUGAUAUUUGUCAAAGUUGUUUCUUCUCUGGACGGACAUCGCGAAAUCAUUAUGUCACCCAUCCUAUGCACCAGUAUUGUCUGUCGGUAAGAAUGUCUAAUAUACCGCAAACCUUUCUCUUAAAUCGCUCUCUUGAAUAACAAAAAAAUCACUCUCUAAUACGCUUCCUCUGUAAUAAGCCCCCUCUCCAAUAAACCCCACCACCCUCUAAUAAGCCACCCUCUCUGAUGAGUUCCCUCCCUAAUACGCUCUCUCUCUAAUAAACCUCAUCCUCUAAUAAGACCCCUCUCUAAUAAACCCCACCACUCUCUAAUAAACUCCACCACCCUCUAAUAAACCCCGCCACCCUCUAAUGAGCCACCAUCUUUAAUACGCCCCUCUAUAAUGAACCACACUACUCUCUAAAUAAGCCACCCUCUCUAUAGCCUGCGUAGCAGGCGGUAGAAGCUAGAAAUACCGCCUGCCCAAAAACUACACAUUAUGAGUUCCGCCCACCGCAUGGUCCCGCCCAUCUUAAUGUAUUUUAUAUAUUUUAAUUAUUUGUCAAACUCACGUAUUUACACCAGUGCAAAUAUACGGCUUUGACGUUUCAUAUCUUCGGUUCAUUCAAUGCUAUGAAGACAAAAAUACCACGUUCGAUUCAGUGUAACAAUAUGUCCUCAUUCAUAGCGAUAGUUUUAGUCGAUGUCAACAUUAUAGCGAUUUAUGAGCUUUGAAAGUCAAGCGAGUUCGUGUAUUAUAAAUUACGCAAUUGUCUGAACAAAAAUAUAGACUAGCCAUACCUUUCGCCGAACACAACUUCGGCCCCUUCAGACGUAACUUUGUAAUAGGCUUGUUCCAAUCGCUAUCAAAAACACAACUUAGAGUGUCAUUUACGAGCCUGUAUCUUCAAAUCUGCACUUUUAUCACGGUAUCACAUCUUCAAGCAACAAAUGUUGGAUUGAUAUUCGUUGUUCAUUCUUCAAGACGAAGCGAUUUCCGAUUCCAGAUAAAGAUUAAAGAAUUCAACGCUUAAUUCUCAAUUAAUACAUUCGUUAUCUUUUGGUUAGUGUAUGCCAUCACUCGAUAUAUCGGUAUCAAUUACGAAAAUAACAAUAGUUUAUAUUAUAAAUACGGCAACAGUAACUGCUAAAAUUAUUAACAAACCUCCUCUUCUCUGAAGAUUAAGUCAAAAACGUUAGGCUGCUAAUACUAAGUUGAAAGGAAAUGUUUGUAUUGUAGACAACAGGACCAGAAGACGUGAAGGACUUCUUCAAGGUCGUGAGAAACAAAGUGAAACCACGCAAGUACAAGAACAAACCUCCCAAGCAUCUUGGAUACCUGCCUGUGCAGACUGUCAUGGAAGGAACCAAUCUUGAAACACCUCAAUCUCCACCACCUGGUCAUAAUCAAGACAUGCAUAAUAAACUGGGCUUGUAUGCUAACCGGUAAGCAAUGAUUUUACACAUCCUGACCACAGAAGAUGGAUGUAUUUUACACCGUCAAAGUGAUCACAGUAACAAUUUUGCGUACAGUAGCGAAAUUCUAAGUUUUGAAGGAUUCGUAACAAAUGUUUGAAUGUCUGUUUAACCCUGAUUCAGUUUCCUCAAACAUUUCUUACAAAUCCUUCAAAACUUAAAAUUUACCCAUGCAAAAUUCCUACUGUGAUCACAGAAACUUUGAUAGUGUUAAUCAGACUUUAGCUUUUGAAGUUAUCAUCUCAUAAAACAACAAUAUUUAUAAAAUUAAUUAAUCAUUUGUAGGCUGGCUGACUUGGAAGCAAAUGCAAACUUCAAGACACCUCAGAAGAAAGGCAAGGGGUAAGUAUAUUAAAAAAAUUAAAUAUGGAAGAAAUGCAAUAACAUAAACUAAACUUGAUUUGCACUGGAUAGCUCUACCGAGUUCUCCCUAGAGUUCAAGAAGGAUCAUCUUUUGUUGAUCCAGUGUUACUACAGGUGUUUGGUAGAGUCAAACUGGAAGAACUCUUCUCACAUGAAAAUGAGGUGAAAUUAUAAUCAGCAACUGCAUAUUAGAGAGGCUCAGAUUUCCGUUAUCCUACCACUGAGUAAUCAGACGCGAUUCGCAACCUAAACUCCUGUUUAAAUUAAACUAUUGCUAGUAAAAUAUAACGCGUCAGGCUUUACACUCUUGCAAUGCAACAACCUUCCAAUUUCUGCUUUUGUUGUAUCAAUGUAUUUUGUACUUUAAAACUUUAAUUUUAUUUAACUUCCAGUAAAGCUAACGGCGAUGUAUAUGAUGAGCAUAAGCUAAUAGCACGAUACUGCAAGAGGUGUGUGCAUUAAUAUCACGGUAAAAUAACUAAGCUACCCUGGUUUACUGUCGUUCCAAUUGAAGUGUUGCUCAAAUAUUGAUUCAAUACAUUACCUCGGGCUGACCAAUUCAUUUCAUCAAGUUCCUCAAGAUAUUCAUACACUUCCCAGUAUAAUUGUAAACUUCCUGUUGAAUAGUUUGAAUGCACCAAUCACCUUUGUCGUUUGUGCAACUAACCAAUCAUAAAUAGAAAGGAAGUGACCAGAAAUGAUCAAAUACUUGGAAUUGGCUCUUUCACAGGAAGUGUAUGAAUAUCUCGAGGAACUUGAUGAAAUGAAUUGGUCAGCCCGAGGUAAUGUAUUGAAUCAAUAUUUGAGCAACACUUCAAUUGGAACGACAGUAAAUUCAUUCUAACAAAAAAGUUAUUAAUAUAUGUUAAAUUUUAUUCAAUUUUUACUGAAAUGUGAAAUACGUUGCCAAGCAAAAAUUUCAACAAAAAUAUCUAGCAUAUGCAAAUAAAUAUCAAACUAUACAAUGAAAUAUACUCAUAAAAGUUACUGCAAAUUACUGAACCAAUCUUUUAAUAAAUUAAAUAGUGAAUUACAGUAUAACUUUGAUAUUAAAUAGUGAUUUAUAAAAUACAGUUACAGAAGCAUAUAUAACCGCAGGCAAAUAUCAAAAUAUUUUAAGUAUUUUAAAAUUUAAAGUAUUUUAAGAACGGCGUACCAAAUAAAGACAAGAUCCCCUAAUACAACCGCAACUGAUUUUCAAUCACAAAUGAAUGUUAGACGUAUACUGUAUACUAUACCUAGGUCAAUGUGAUUCUUCAUAAACAUACAUGUAGUAGCGUGUUUCAAAAUUGACCUUAAAUUUGUAAUUUGCGCUCCUAUUUUAAUCUUAAUAUUUUGUUGAUUUAUUUUAUAGCCUGGAGCCUGGAAGUGCAGCCAAUGUAAGUCGUGUAUUUUGUCUAUCUUUAUGAAUUAUGUAUUGUCAAUUGGGAUGCCGUGAUAUUACUUUAAAAAGUAGAAAUUGAAUUGUACGGUUAACGGUUCUUGUUUAGCAACCGCGAAGCCCGACUCAGAUCCUCAUGGAACUCGCCGAAGAAGAAAAAGAAGAUCUGGACAAGUCCAUCGCUGAUUUGGAAGAUGAAAACAAGUAAGAUUUCAUUUUCUAGAUCGAAUACACUUUACUGCUUAAUGCGCUUUUGCCGUAAAGGGCUUCGUUUGACUGUUUUACAGUAGCAUGACACAGACAUGAAAGCUAUAUGUUUCUCUUUGAUCUUGAGCACAAUCACAAGCCUAUCCUUAACCCUAUUGCGCACAAACAUGAGAAAAUAACUACUAUACAUUAAAACAAGGGUAUUUUACUAUUAUAAGGGCAAGUCUAUUAAAGUCUAUAUUUGCUCAAGGCUAUUAAGGAAAAACAAGGCUAUUAAAGUCUAUAUUCGCUCAUCCAUCGAUAUAAGUACAUUGAGUAAAGAGCUGUAUGAACACAUUGUAGUCAUGCCUGGAAUUUCUCUAAAACCUUUCCACAGCAGUGACGUCAAAAUUGCCAGCGCCUCUCCACAGCAAUUUUUUCCAAUUCUACCACAGAAGCCCAGGUUCUGAGUGUCGCCCGCAUCCAGGGGGUAGACCCAGAGCAUGGGUUUUCUGUGGUAAUAUCUUAUAUUCACAAUACCUCCUACCUUUUCAUUGUGAUCACAGAUAUGUUGUAACCAUUACUUUGGCAUUUGAUUUUAGGGUCCUCCUUGAAGAACUGAAUCAGUUGAAGUCAUUGACCACGAGCCGUGAUAACUCCCCCGCGGGACAGGAUCGUGAGAAUGACGUCAUGAAUGAGAUCAAGUUACUACGUCAGCAUAGAACACGUCACGAGUCACGUGUCAAAGUAUUGGAAGAUCACAACAGACAACUCCAGCAACAGUUGGCGAAACUGAAGCAAUUGCUUGAACAGGUACUAUUAUACCUAAACUAACUUCCUAGAGGUCCAGUAAGGAUCAUCUCUUAUUGAUCCAGUGUUACUACAGGAGGAAACCUAAACUACUGUAAACUAACUUUAUUUAUACUGGAUGGCUCUAUCAGUUCUAAAUUGUUCUUCCUAGAGGUCCAGUAAGCGUCAUCUCUUGUUGAUCCAGUGUUCUACAGGAGGAAACCUUUAAACUAAACUAACUUUAUUUAUACUGGAUAGCUCUAUCAGUUCUAAAGUGUUCUCCCUAGGGAUCCAGUAAGGAUCAUUUAUUAUUGAUCCAGUGUUACUACAGGAGGAAACUUAAACUAAACUAACUUUAUUUAUACUGGAUAGCUCUAUCAGUUCUAAACUGUUCUUCCUACAGGUCCAGUAAGGAUCAUCUCUUGUUGAUCCAGUGUUACUACAGGAGGAAACCUAACCUAAACUAACUUUAUUUAUACUGGAUAGCUCUAUCAGUUCUAAACUGUUCUCCCUAGAGAUCCAGUAAGGAUCAUCUCUUAUUGAUCCAGUGUUGCUACAGGAGAAAACCUAAACUAAACUAACUUUAUUUAUACUGGAUAGCUCUACCAGUUCUAAACUAUUCUUCCUUCAGUGUUACUACAGGGAGGAAACCUGAACUAAACUAACUUUUUUUUUCUUUUCUAAAUAAUUUUCUAGCCAUCUGAAAGAUCUGGCUCCCGCAUGACACCUGCAUCCUCGGCUGGCUCGGUCAAGAAGCCUGGAUACCAAGCUGAAUCUACCGCGAGUGAAAGUGAUAAUGACGCUGACAGACAACCGCUGGUCGGAGGUGGUGACCGCGGUGUACGAGACCCAGAACUGCGUGACGUCAUGGAUAAAAUAAACACGUCUUUUCCACAUGACGGAGGUAUGUUCAAGAAAUACACGCGUAAAAAAACGCACAAGUUGUUACAGGUCUGCAAACAAGUUGUUACAAAUCUGUUCACAAGCUGUCGACAAGUUGUGUUCGCACUGCUUGUUCCCAGUUGUUGUAACAUGUUUGGAACAAGCUGUUAACGACUUGUAACAAGCUUGAUGGCAUUAUCAGACUUGUUACAAAAUUGUUCCAACAAGUCUGAUACAGUCAUGAUAUAACAAGAAUGUUACAAGGUUGACGACACAAGGUUGUAACAAUAUUGUUCUAUCAUGACUGUAUCGGACUUGUUGGAACAACCUUGUAACAAGCGCCUGAUAAUAUCAACAUGGUUGUUACAAAUUGUUCACAGCUUGUUCCAAACUUGUUGACAACUUGUGACAAGGGGUGCGAAGACAACUUGUUGACGGCUUGUUGACAAACUUGUUACAAGAUGUGAUAUUUUUGCGUUCGAUGUGAGAUGUUCUAUUCAUUGAGAUGGCCAAUAUUUAUAAUAUUUUUAUAAUAUUUUUAAUAUUAUUUAGGGUCUCACAGAGACACGUCAAAACAACCGUUAAUGGACGAAGAACGAUGAUUCACUUUUAAAAACUUUACACAGUGUAGUUAGGAUUUAGGAAAAUACGCUCUUUUUAAUCUUACGUUAUAUAUUCUUGUGUUUUGUCAACCUUGUGGACAUUAUAAUAUGUAAUAGGGUAUUAAUGUUUCAUAUAACCCGCUUAAGAUGUAACACAUUUGAUAUUUUGAGUAUACUAAGAUGUAACUUCUUUCUUUAUAUAACUUAGUUUUUUAUAAUAAAUACUUGCAUAGCAGAAUUUUAAUGUUCCUCUAAACUAAAAACU